AAUCUAAACCGCAACUUCGUCAUCUUUCUCUCUAAUUCUUUUUUCCUCUAUUUUUUGUUAUCUGAAAACGUCGAGAUUAUUUGAUUUCCAGUUUAGAAAGCCAAAGUCUAAUUUCAAUUUUACCAGGUGCAUAGAUCGCCAUCUUGCUCCCGUCAAAUUUUUAAACAGUUCCAGUGUACUGGCUCUUGGCUACUUCUUCUAAACUUGAAUCUUAUGGAGCUUGAUAAUACUAAGGAAAAUAAAGUAAGCACUCCUAGGAGAAGAGAAAACGGUCUUCAUCUCAGUCCAGUUUUGCCGGAUACAUCUGGGCUUGGCUUGCCUUAUGCUCCAGAGGAUUGGCCUAAUAAGGGUGACAUAUGGACUUGGAAGGUGGGAAGGAGAGUAGCCAUUACUGGUCAUUUCUUAGAUAGGUAUUUGUAUCCUCCAAAGCGCCUCCAAAAGGUUUUAGACUCAGGCAGGAAACGUGGUCUUGCAAGCAAGCUUUCAGUUGAGCGGUAUAUCAAAAUGGUGCUCCCUGGUGCAGACAUUAAUGCAUUUUUUGCUUCGUUCAGCUGGAAAAUCCCUGCGAAGAAUGGCUCAGGCUUUCUCUGUUGCCCCUCUGACGAGAAGGAAGUUCCAGUUUCUGCCCCCCAGUCUGAUAGUUUGACAUGCAAGGCCGGGAAUAAGACGUGUAACAGUUUAUAUGCUGAAGCAGAAAGCCCUUCUUUGGUUUCCUUGCCUUGUGAUCUUUGCUGCAGUGAAUCUCGUUUCUGCCGUGAUUGUUGCUGUAUUCUGUGUAGCAAGACUAUAGACUUGAAACAUGGAGGCUAUAGUUAUAUCAAAUGUGAAGCAGUGGUGGAUGGGUAUAUAUGUGGGCAUGUUGCUCAUCUAAACUGUGCUCUUCGGUCUUACAUGGCUGGGACAGUUGGAGGUAGUUUUGGGUUGGAUGCAGAGUACUAUUGCCGGCGUUGUGAUUCAAAGACAUCUCUGAUUCCUCAUGUGACAUUGCUUUUAAAAACCUGUGAAUCCAUAGAUUCUCGGGAUGAGAUUGAGAAGAUUCUUAACAUUGGUUUCUGCGCUUUACGUGGUUCACAGAACACCAAUGCAAGAGGCUUAUUGAACCGUAUCGAGUCCGCUAUCAAAGAGCUUAAAUAUGGGACUUCUCUUGAAGAUAUCUGGAAAGCGAAAGAAAGUGAUUCUGCUAUUACAACAGGUAUCUUCCAUAUUGGAAACGGAGGGCUUGAACCAACGAACCAUCGAGAUGCCGUAGAUAAUAAACCAUGUUUAGGGUCGGUUUUAUCGAUAUCUUCUGAUUAUCACAGUGAAUACCUGAAAAUUGAAGACGAGAUCAAUCGGGUUCUUCAGGCUCUCAGAAAGGCACAGGAAACAGAAUACCAAAUUGCAGAAGAACGGCUUUAUGGUCAGAAGAAUUACCUACGCCAUCUUUAUCAACAACUGGAGAAGGAGAGAUCUGAACUUCAUGGUCAACCAUCUGGGAAUGAAGCAGAUGCAUAUUUGAAUGCCGUCUUGAACAGAGUCGAUCAGAUAAAAUACGAAGUCAUGAGACUCAGAGAAAUGGAAGAAGUGGCCAACGGAUUCGGAAGGACUCCUAAAAGUAUCCUGAAGGAAUAUUUUGGUUCGGAUAUUGAGGACUAAAGUAUUGUUCGUCAUGAUGGGUUAAUUUCUCGACAUUUGAACCAGUCCAUUGAACUGACUUCAUUACAUCUGUGACCGUGAAGUUGCAUAAUGCAAAAUAUGUCACAGCAUGCACCCAAAGAGUCAGAUUCGACGCUUCCUAGAGGAAUCGGAUAAAACUGAACAUUGCAUAAUAGAAACCGGAAAUCGGAAUUGAACUCGAGCUCUAUUGCAAGGUAAGAUCAUACAUGGUUGAUAGUUUAAUCAAUUUGCUCCAUGCGUCCUGCAUUUCAUUGCUUGGCUUGGAUGGCAAAAAUAUGUUUCGAACUCGGAACUGUUAGCAGAAAGGAAGGUGGUGUCAUCUCGUGAUUCAUCAACUAGGCUUGGUGCUUUCUUACCCAAAUUUGUGGAAUUGCUUUAUGGAAAUUGAAAAAAGGAAAAGGCAGUAUUC